AUACCAUCUUUUAAUACUUCGAUUCAUUCACGUGGUGCAUUUCAUUUGAGAUCCUUGCCCAAGUCUGAAUCAUGAGUGCAAAGAAAUGGUCUGCUGUCUCACUGGAACUUCUACUACUAAAAGUCCCUUCUUCCCUGCGGACAGUAUCCCAAACCAUCAACUUCUUCCAUCAAUCGUAAUUUAACAAUCAAAAAUCCACGAAAUACCUUCGUCAUGGACACAAUUAAUGCUCUUCUCCACCCUCACCAUGUCUCCUUAGGGAAGAACUAUACAUCAAUUCACAUGCUUCACCAACACAUCGACGACCCCUACUAUAGUCUUGAUCAUCAUGCCUCACACAAGGGCGUGUCAGUUCCACGUUUCAACAUUCGCGAGGGACAAAAGGCAUUCUAUCUUGAAGGAGAGCUCCCUGGGCUUACGCACUUGAGUGAUGUGGUCUGUGAAUUCAUCGGAAACCAGACUAUGAUCAUCAGGGGAGCCAUCAAGUCAUUCGUCUUCGCGGGUGAAGGGGAGCAAACGCAGGCUGCAGCUUUGAAAGAUAGCAAAGCACCAGUAGAGACUUCACUGACUUGGAGACUGAAUGAGAGACAUAUCGGAAAGUUCGAGAGAUCUUUUACGUUUUCUUCCAGAGUCAAGCCAACUGAAAUCCAUACAUCGCUCGACUCUGGUGUAUUAUCGAUUGCCGUGCCGAAAGACAAAGAGGCGGAUGCAAAAGAAGCUGCGAAGUCGGAAAUCGAGAAUGAGGAAUAACACCUGAUCCUGUCUUCCACGGAUCAUCGGCAUCUGGAGACCAGUGGCGCAUGGAUGAAGUAAUGGGAUUCGAAGAUCAACCUUUUUCUUGUGAUUAUCAUCUCAGAUUUGUGUAUUAAAUUAGCAC